AUGGCCGGAACAAUGGUGCCGGAAUCAGAUGGUCGAUGGGGUGAGAAUGCGGCCGGCGACAUUUCAGUCCACGCUGCACUUGAGGAGUUCCAUGGCCUAGAGAAGGAGCUUAGUACGAUCCAGAGGCAGCACUCCAACGCGUACAACCAGGGACCGUCUCAAAAGCAUAAUGGCGAUGCCGGCGGCGAGAGCGAUUCUACCGUUGCCCCCAGCUUGUCUGCCGACAACUCAUUCGACCUGCCCGACUUCCUCAGAAGGGGGAUCAUGGACAUGCGCACCCCGAGCGGCGGUCCGGCGAAACGUCUCGGUGUGUCAUUCAAGAACCUGACGGUCAAGGGCGUCGAAUCAUCGACCAAACAAGUCGUCACAUUUCCCCGGGAUUUGCUGAAUACCUUCGGACCCGACUUCUACCAUUUCGUCACGAGCAUCUUCCCCAAACUCAAGCUCCACAAGGACCCUACCGUCGACCUCAUCAAGAACAUGACGGGGACGGUACGCCAUGGCGAGAUCAUGCUGGUGUUGGGUCGGCCGGGUUCAGGCUGUUCGACCUUCCUCAAGGCUAUUGCAAACCAACGGGAUGAGUAUGCCAAGGUUGAAGGCGACGUUCACUACGGUGUCAUCCCAGCCGACGACCAAUUGCAACGCUUCAGAGGCGAGGUCGUCUACUGCGAAGAAGAUGACCGCCAUUUCCCCUCCCUUACGGUAUGGCAAACGUUAUGGUUUGCCCUGAAGACCAAAACCCGGAAGCGGGAACAGUGGACUAUUCCGCCCAUCCUAGACUCUCUGCUUCAAAUGUUUGGAAUCGAGCACACGAUGAACACGUUGGUCGGAGACGAAAGCAUCAGAGGUGUUUCCGGAGGAGAACGGAAACGUGUAAGUCUGGCAGAGACACUGGCCACAAGAGCAUCCGUUGUUUGCUGGGACAACUCAACUCGGGGACUCGAUGCCAGCACAGCCCUGAGCUUUGCCAAAUCGCUUCGUGUGUACACCGAUGUCAGCGGCCGCACUACGCUUGUUACGCUGUAUCAAGCGGGAGAAUCGAUUUACGAGUUGAUGGACAAGGUCCUCGUGAUAGACGAUGGCCGCAUGCUUUUCCAAGGACCAGCCGACGAAGCGAAGAAAUAUUUCCAAGACUUGGGCUAUUUGUGUCCCCCACGACAGACCACCGCCGACUUCCUGACCUCUAUUGCCGACGAGAACGCGCGACGCUUUCAGCCUGGCCGAGAGGACACAGCUCCCAAAACGGCCGAGGAGCUCGAGAAGGCCUUCCUCAAAAGCGAGCACUACCAGCGCAUAAUUGAAGAUAUCGAGGACUAUGAUCGUGAAAGUAGGUCGGCAAACAACGACAAGCACCGUGUUUUCGAGGCCACGGUGAAGGAUUCCAAGAGCAAAACCGUCAUUGGCGAUUCUGUCUACACCGUAUCAUUCCUGAGGCAGGUCGCCGCCUGCACCAAGCGUCAAGCCUGGCUCUUCUGGGGCGACCUCGGCUCCUUCUACACGAAACUAGUCAUCACUGUCGCCAACAGUCUCAUCGUCUCGUCACUAUUCUACAACUCCGGCCAAGAUACAUCCUCAGUCUUCGCGCGCGGUGGUAUUGUAUUCUUCUCUAUCGCCUUCAUCGGAUGGCUUCAGUUUGCGGAACUUGUUCCUGCAAUAUCCGGGCGUGCGACAAUCGAGAGACAACGAGUAUUCGCCUUCUACAGACCAUCUGCAGUGGUGAUUGCCAGGAUGCUCUUGGACUUCCCGCUGAUCCUAAUCUUGACUGUUUUAUUCUGCGUGCCCGCUUACUUCCUAGGUCGGUUCGAUGUUGACGCAGCCAAGUUUUGGAUCUAUACACUGUUCGUGUAUACGACAACCUUCUGCCUCACAACUAUGUACCGGAUGUUUUCGUCAAUUUCAUCUACAGUAGAUGAUUCAGUUCGCCUUGUAGGUGUCGUUUUGAACAUCAUGUUCAUCCUGACGGGAUAUGUCAUUCCCAAACCCGCUCUUCUCAGCGACUCGAUAUGGUUUGGCUGGAUCUACUAUAUCAAUCCCGUCGCCUAUGGUUUCGAAGCGCUAGAAACGAACGAGUUCUUCGCACGAGAGUUACAGUGCAGCGAGUCUCAAUUGGUGCCGCGUGGACCUGGCUCGGAUCCCAGCUACCAGGGCUGCUCUCUUCCUGGAUCAACACUUGGCAACACAACUGUCAGCGGUCCAGCUUAUUUGGAGGCCUCGUACCAAUACUCGAGGGCGAACCUGUGGCGCAACUUUGGAAUCGUAGUUGCCUUUACCGUGUUUUACCUAGGUGUGACUGUUUUGGCUGUUGAGACGGUCAAGUUUAAGAGCACUGGAGCCCAGUCUCUGAUAUUCGCCAAAAACGGAGGAACCAAAAAAGAAGAGUCUGACAAGGCCGGAGCAGCUGAAGAAACCUUUGAGCCUAUUGGGGACGGCCAGAGUGUCUUCACGUUUAAGGACAUUAACUACACGGUUCCUUAUGGCAGCGGAGAGCGACAGCUGCUUAACAGAGUAUGUGGGUACGCCAAACCUGGAAAAAUGAUUGCGCUCAUGGGUAGUUCUGGUGCUGGCAAGACGACUCUGCUCAACACUAUUGCCCAGAGACAGAAUCGGAACUUCGGCGUGGUGUCUGGUGAGAUGUUGGUCAACGGAGCCAGCCUGGGUCCCGAGUUUCAGAGGAGUACUGGCUUCUGUGAGCAGGGGGACAUUCAUGAGGGGACUGCAACGAUCCGAGAAGCACUGGAAUUCUCUGCAUUGCUACGACAAGAGGGUGCGAUUCCACGCAAGGAGAAGAUUGCCUAUGUGGACAGAAUCAUCCAUUUGCUCGAGCUGAGCGACUUACAGCACGCUAUUAUCUCUUCUUUGACAGUCGAACAACGGAAGCGAGUCACCAUCGGAGUUGAGCUCGCCGCUAAGCCUAAGCUCCUCCUCUUCUUGGACGAACCAACGAGUGGCCUUGACAGCCAGUCUGCGUUUUCCAUUGUCAGAUUCCUUCGAAAACUAUGCGACGCAGGCCAGGCAAUCAUCUGCACUAUCCACCAGCCUUCCUCUGACCUUAUCGAGCAAUUUGAUAUGAUUCUCGGUCUCAACAGGGGCGGAAGGACCUUUUACUUUGGCCCGGUUGGCACAAACGGUUCCGUUGUCGUCGACUACUUUGCCCAAAGGGGUUUCCCUUGUCCACCGAGCCGCAACGUGGCCGAGUUUAUCCUGGAGACAGCCUCAGCAUCCUCUGACGGAAAACGUAUUGACUGGGGCGAUGAGUGGCUCAGGUCUGACGAGCACAAGGCCAUUGUCGCAGAGAUUGACCAGAUCACUGCCGAGAGACGCCCGCCCACGACCAGUUUGGCGGAUCAGACGGACUUUGCGGCGUCUACCGCAUACCAAUCCCUACUGCUCACGAAGAGAAUGUUCAUCCAGCACUGGCGUGAACCCCAAUACUUGUACAGCAGGGUAUUUGUCCACGCAAUUAUCGGCAUCUUCAACGGGUUUACGUUUUGGAUGCUCGGAAGUGACAUCGCAAGCACGCAGAAUCGCAUGUUCAGCGCCAUCAUCCUCAUCUUCUUUAUCCCACCGACAGUGGUCAACUCCGUUGUGUUGAAGUUCUUCCAGAACCGGGAUCUCUGGGAAGGCAGAGAGCUGCCAAGUCGCACGUAUGGAUGGGUUGCCUUUUGCACUGCCAACGUGGUCUGCGAGAUACCCAUGGCCAUAGUGUCUGCCACCAUUUACUGGCUCUUGUGGUUCUUUCCUGUGGGGUACCCGAUGACCGCCGCGGGCUAUAGCUACUUGAUGGUCCUUGUCUGGUCCCUCUUCCAAUCGAGCUGGGGACAGUGGAUCUCGGCCUUUGGGCCUUCCUACUCCAAGAUCUCAAACAUUCUUCCCUUCUUCUUCGUUAUGGUAGCUAUCUUCAACGGUAUUCUGGUUCCGUACGACUCAACGCCGGUCUUCUGGAAGUACUGGAUGUACUACAUAAACCCGUCAACCUGGUUCGCCCGCGGUGUCCUAUCCGCGGUCCUCCCGCCAGAGGCAGUGCAUUGUAGCUCCGUGGAGCUUGCGCGGUUCAACCCGCCGCCUGGGUCGACCUGCGGACAGUACGCUGAGCGAUUCGUCAACGAGGUCGCCAGGGCAGGGUACUUGGAGAACCCCGAGGCGACGUCCAACUGCGGCUACUGCCCAUACAGCGACGGCGGCGAGUACAUGCGAACGCUCAACGUCCACUCCACCGACAAGUGGCCCUCGUUCGGCAUAUUGAUUGGCUUUGCCGUCGCCAACUGGGCUCUCGUCUACUUCUUUGUCUACACCGUCCGGAUCAAGGGGUGGACAUUUGGGAUUUCAACGGUCACGAAGCAGUGCUCAAAGGUUCUGGGCCGGUUCAGACGCAGAAAGCGGACCGCAAGCGAAGCAUAG